CUUCAUUCGAGAUUCACCACUGCAACAACUCACCGUUGUCCCUGACUAUCAUCCCAAUCAUCAACUUCCACUUGGCACAUCCAACAACACAUCCGCUCGGGCUUUCUUUGGUGAUACUUGUAUUUCAUCUCCAAUUUUUGUUACACCAAUUUGCAUCAUCACAUCGUCAACGCCAAGCUUUGAACCCCCUUUCCCCCCUUCUCACCCACCAGACAACCAACACAACCAUCAUCAUAGGAAGCAACAUGGCUUUGGCCGUCUCGGCUCCCGGCAAGGUCCUCCUUGCAGGCGGAUACCUCGUCCUCGACCGCAACUACACCGGUCUCGUCUUCGGUCUCAGCGCCCGCAUCAACGUCAUCUCCAAGGACAUCCAGGCCAGCCCGGGGGUUCACAUCAACGAGAUCAUCGUCAAGAGCCCGCAGUUCCUGAAAGCCGAAUGGCGCUACGGCUACCACCUGGCCGAUGAAGACGGCGGGAUCAAGACGAUCCAGCUGCAGGGAGGCGCCGCCGCCUCGGCCAAGGGCAACCCCUUCGUCGAGACCACGCUCAACUACGCGCUCACCUACAUCACCCGCCGCGCCGCCUACGGGACCACGCAAACCCUGAAACCCGUCACCCUCACCAUCCUCGCCGACAACGACUACUACAGCUCGCCCAGCACCGGCAAGACCAGCAGCGGCAGCCGCUUCGCCGGCUACUCCACCACCCUGGAAGACGCGCACAAGACGGGCCUCGGCUCCUCCGCCGCCCUCGUCACCGCCCUGACCGCCUCCCUCUUAUCUCACUACCUAGACCCUUCCCUCUUCGACCUCGCCACCAACGAGGGCAAGCGCAUCCUGCACAACCUCGCGCAAGCGGCUCACUGCGCCGCGCAGGGUAAAGUCGGCAGCGGGUUUGACGUGGCCGCCGCCGUUUACGGAUCUAGCCACUACCGUCGCUUUUCGCCUUCCAUCUUGUCCUCCCUGCCGGAGGCUGGCAAGCCUGGGUUUUCCGCCAAGCUGUUCAGUGUCGUCAACGGCAAGGACACUGAAUCCCAGUGGGAUACGGAGGUCGUGAAAGAUGCCGUCAGCUUGCCCAAGGGCGUGGCGGUGCGCAUGUGCGACGUCGACUGCGGCAGCCAGACGGUCGGCAUGGUCAAGCAGGUGCUCGCCUGGCGGGCGGCUCAGCCGCAAGCGGCCAAGGAGUUGUGGGAUGAAUUACAGCGAAGGAACGAGAAGCUGGCGAGCGUGUUGAAGGAGGGCAAGACGGAGGAGAUCAGGCCGGCGGUGCACGGGAUCCGCGAGCUGGUGAGGAAGAUGGGCACGGAGAGCGGGGUGCCGAUCGAGCCGGAUAGUCAGAAGGAGUUGCUGGAUGCGCUGGAGGAAGGGGUGGAGGGCGUGUAUGGGGGUGUGGUGCCGGGUGCGGGAGGGUAUGAUGCACUGGCGUUGCUGGUGAGGGAUGAUGAGGAGACGACGAAGAGAUUGGAGGAGUUUUUGAGGGGGUGGAGUGAGAGGAAGGGAGGGAAGGUUAGGUUGAUGGAGGUUAGUGGGGAGAUGGAGGGCGCGAGGAAGGAGAAUUUGCUCAAGUAUCAGGGGUGGGUUUAGUAGGUCGCCUUUUGGAUGGUAUUUAUGGAAGACUAAGAGCGGGAGCGGGAGCUACAGCGUUGGGUAGAUACCUUUGGCGAAUUACCGUAUAGCGAUUGUAGAUAGUCGUUUUGAGUAACUCUUCAAAUAAUCAUAGUAAAUAGUUCAACAUCACCGUCUUUUCG